UCUAAAAAUGUAAAUUAAUACAUUUUGUAGUAACUGUGUACGAAGCUAAAAGAUUUCCCACCCCUGUUUUCUUCUGAUUUGAAUAUCAAAACAGAAGCUCCCACAAGCCCGCAUAUAAUAUACUCCCAAUCGCACCUUGUACUUUCUGCUUGCUGCCACAGUUCCAGACCCAAAGCAGCAGACAGAGAACUUAUAUUACAUUCGUAUCGUGGCACUUGUCAUCGUUAUUAUACUGUCGUUGUCGUUCGUUUCGCUUUCUGGUGCGCUCUAUUCUACUAUAGCAGCGGUUGAUUUUAAUUCUCUCUCUAUUCAAGCUUGAAUAAACUUCACUUACUUGAGAUCACUAUACGAAUAAUAAAACCUAAACUUCUACACAGACAUCCAAAGUGACACAAAUUUAUACUAUUAAAGAUUCGAGAUUUCAACGAGACAGUAUAGCUUGCGACUUAAGCUUUGUGAAGAAUUUUCCUCUCUCUCCCAAUUUACAAUAAUAAUAAUAAUUAUAUAUUCAUUAAAGUGUGUAGACUUUGACAAGGUUCAAUUAAAUGCUACCAAGAGUGAGACAGCCAGUUAACUUCAUCCAGCUGGACAAGUUAGGCAUACAACUACCAGUCGGCUUGCCUUAAUUAAGCCUCUUUAGCCUUUCCAGCUGUGUGCAUAAUCAUUAAAAAAAUCAAGACUCAAAAAACGUAACGCAAAAACAAGAAAAUCUGACAAUAUGUAAUAUGUGAAAAAAAAGUGGAGACAAAAAAAAACUAUACCUUAACAAGUUUUUGUUUUUGUAACUUUUGAUAUAACCAAACCUUUUUUAAUGAAGUUUAAAAACCCUCUCGGGUUAAUUUAAUGGCGCAUGCGCGUGAUAAUAAGUCUCAACUCUCAACUUGAAUUGAAUAAUCAUAAGAAGAAAAACGAAAAAAUUAACUUCACUUCUCAAUUAUAAUGUCCGCAAAUAGUGAUCUUCCAAGUAAACAAUUAACAACGCACCAGUUGUGUAUCUGUUUCUGUUUCUUUCUCUGGCAGCGAUACUUAUAUGACGAUCAAGGUGUAAGAAGAGGAACGCCGCGUGAAAAAGCUUUCGUUUGAGAGUCUCUACCUACCUACUUACACAUUGAUAAAUACUUUUGUACUUGACUUAAUUUACUUCUCUCCACCGAGUCUCCACAAAACUUGUUGGCCCGCAAAACGAUCGUUGCUGUUGCUUUUUUCACACACAAAUACACAGCCAUUGUGUUGAAUAACAGUAAGCAAAACAAACAAAAACUUGAUCUUGAAAAAAGAAAAAAGAAAGAUAUUUACAAACCAAAGAAAACUCUCAGAAAAGUCGGUAACACUGUUGGCGGCCUCUUGACUUCACUUUUGGAGACUUUUUUUGUGAUUGUGCGAUUUUGUGAUAAGAAGAGUGACCCUCGUAGAAAGUGUCAAGUCAAUUUUAAUAAAAACAAAAAACAAAAUGAACAUGGAACGAUCGCGAAGCUACCACGACGUUAUCAGUGAUUCCCGUGAUGGCAGUACCCCAAACAACUCUGGCUGUACUCCCCUCACAAUCGAUAUCAUGGACAGCACUCAUUGUGCGAGUGAUCACAACAUCAGCUGCUGCAGCUUGCCAAACUUUAUGCCCAUCAGUCCGAUUGUAAAGUGUGGCCCAACUGUUAGACAGAUUCCAAGCCCUCGAACUCGUCGUAAAGGUUUUCUAAUUCGUGACAGUUCGGUACACUCGGACUCUAGCCAUUACUCAAGUGUUGAUAGUCUGCUGGAGUCAAGAAAACCCGAUCCUGAAGCGAUCCUCAUUAAUUUGGGUUUUGGACCUGUGGAAUCGGAGGACAUUUUGUCGCGCAUACCAAAGAGGUUUCUAAAGCCGUCGCAAGUUCGAGGUGUCGAUACAGAGGCGUUUGUUAAACGACUUCAAUUGGCAAGCCAUUUGCAUGAGAAUAGUGUCCUAGGUUAUCGUGGGUUAACAGGUAAUCCAGAUAUUCCGCCAUCGAGUAUUGUUGCCAAGAUAAUGCAGCGUUUUGAAGUGAAUGAGCGUAAGAAAUCUCUAGGCUCAAUAGAUCCUCAAUUUUGAAGAUGUCUAUGUCUGAUAUUAUCUUUUAAAUGUUACUUAAAUAAUAUAAUUAUUUUUUCUUAAUUUUUUGUUUUUAAUUAAUUUAUAUAUGUAUCAAUCUUGUCUUAUAUUGUCUUAUAAUUAUUAUUGUAAAAAAAAAGCUGAAAGUGUAUGUACUUAGGGAUUUAUUGUUUUUUUAUUUCCUUUUGUUUUAUAUAAUUGAUAAUAAUUGUAUUUUGAUUGUUUUUAUCAGCUAAGUGACUUAUUAAAAUAUUUUUCUAGUACUUAAAAAAAAA